UUUCUCUUCCAGCGUGUCCGAACCUUCACCACCUCAUUAGACGAGCUCGCAGGCCGGGUACAAGCCGCCGAGGCAGCGCGUUCAUCAUGGCGCGGGCCGGGUGAUGCUCGCGAUGCGCGCGCGCAGCUCGACGCCGUCUCCCGCGCCCGCGCACAACUGCCUCCUCUGAGGAGACUGGCUGAUGAACUCCAUGCGCAAGCUCAGCAGCUGGCGAGAGAUAAGAUUCAGCUGCCUGAUCAUUUGUUGGCUAGGCUUGAUGAUUUGAAUACUAGGGUAUCAGGUCUGAUGUCUGGCGGCGAGGAGCGCGUGCGUCAACUGACCGGAGUCGCGAGGGAUGGCGGCGCGGGCGCAGCGCAGGGCUUCCUCGCCGGCUCUGUGGAACAGCCCUGGGAGAGAGCUGUCACGCCUGCCAAUGUACCUUAUUAUAUCAACCAUGAGUUGGAGACAACACACUGGGACCACCCGAAGAUGAUCGAGUUGAUGAACUCUCUAGCAGACCUCAACGAGGUGCGCUUCUCCGCGUACCGGACAGCGCUCAAGUUGAGGACGGUGCAGAAGGCGUUGUGCAUGCACAUGCUGCAGCUCCCUGCCGCAUUAGAAGCAUUCGACUCGCACGGGCUGCGCGCGCAGAACGAUCGCCUCAUUGACAUACCUGACAUGAUCACUGUACUUACUUCCUUGUAUGAGGUAAUAGCAGCAGAGAACCCAAGCCUAGUAAACGUGCCACUCUGCCUGGACCUGUCGAUCAACUGGUUGCUCAACGUGUACGACAGCCAGCGCACCGGACAGAUCCGGGUGCUCAGCUUCAAGGUGGGGCUGGUGCUGCUGUGUAAGGGACACCUGGAGGAGAAGUAUAGGUAUCUCUUCCGGCUGAUCGCAGACCCGUCCUGCAGAGCAGACCAAAGAAAACUCGGACUGUUGCUACACGACUGCAUACAGGUACCGCGACAACUGGGUGAAGUAGCAGCAUUCGGAGGGUCUAACAUCGAGCCCUCCGUGCGGAGCUGCUUCGAGCAAGCAUCCGCCGCCACCAAGGAGGGCAACAAGGGUGGCACUCUUGAUAGGAAAGUUGUGAACCUCCCAGAAAAAGAGAAAGACAAAGAGCCAGAGCCGUCUAAAGACAAGACUUUAGAACGGGACGCAGAUGGGCAGCUGCAGUUCAUAGAAGCCUGCCACUUUCUGCAGUGGCUGCAGAAGGAGCCGCAGUCCAUGGUGUGGCUACCGGUGCUGCACCGGCUGGCGGCUGCGGAGACGGCCAAGCAUCAGGCCAAGUGCAAUAUCUGUAAGGAGUACCCGAUUGUUGGGUUCAGAUACCGUUGUCUGAAAUGCUUCAACUUCGACAUGUGCCAGAAAUGUUUCUUCAACGGCCGAAAAGCUAAGAACCACAAGCUGACGCAUCCCAUGCAAGAAUACUGUACUGCUACAACAUCGGGAGAAGACGUGCGUGACUUCACCCGGGCUCUGCGCAACAAGUUCAAGUCUGCUCGCUACUUCAAGAAGCAUCCCCGAGUCGGCUACCUGCCAGUACAGACUGUGCUCGAAGGUGACGCGCUGGAGUCGCCGGCGCCGUCGCCGCAGCACUCGGGCGGCGGCGCGCUGGGCGGCGCCGACAUGCACUCGCGCCUCGAGCUCUACGCCACGCGCCUCGCGCAGGUCGAGCUCGGCGCCAAGCCCGGGGACACGCCUGACAGCGAUGAAGAACAUCAGCUGAUCGCUCAGUACUGCGCGUCGCUGAACGGCGGCGCCGAGGCAGACGACGCGCCGCGCUCGCCCGUGCAGGUCGUCUCCAUCAUACACCGCGAGCAGAGACACGAGCUCGAGGCUAUGAUCAGGGAGUUGGAGGAAGAAAAUGCCAGUCUGCAAGCUGAGUAUGAACGUCUGAAGGCUAAGCAGACUCCAGGAUCGACUCCUGAAGAACAGCAUGGAGUCAAUGAUAACAGAAACGCGCCUGUUGACCAGGACAUGAUGGCUGAAGCCCGCCUGCUGAGGCAGCACAAGGGCCGGCUGGAGGCGCGGAUGCAGAUCCUCGAGGAGCAUAACCGACAGCUCGAGGCACAGUUGCAGAGACUAAGGAGGUUGCUCGAUGAGCCUGCCCAAGGCUCCCCGCCAGCUCGCACCGGCACUCUGCAGACUCGCUCUGUGACUGCUUCGCAACUCGCUACCGACUCGCCGGCUAAAAUGCAUAAUGGACUGUACCAUGAGUCACAAACUAACGGCGGGGGCGCGGGCGGCGCGGGCGCGCGGUGGGAGCGCGAGGAGCGGCCGCCGCCGCCGCCGCACGCCGUGCACUCGCUCAUGCACUGCGCAGAUGACCUUGGCCGCGCUGUCGAAGAACUAGUAUCAGUAAUGACGGAGGACAAUCAGAACCAGACAUCGAACUCUCCUCCGCAGUACACCAACGGGAAGCCUCCCUCCAAAGAGUAGCUCACAUCGAGACACAACGCGAAUGGUGCUGCCAAAGCCUGCCCUAACCUUCGAACUAGCAACACUGUCGAGUCAAACCAAAGAGAACGCUUUAAAAUCCCUUUAAAUUCUAUCCUUGCUACAUCGAAGUAAUAUAAUACAUUGUACAGUUUUAUCUACUACUAAUUUUCGACUCAUCACUAACAAUACCUGCACAUGCUGUUUCUACCUUAUUAUACAUAAGCUCUAACAUUCCACACAUCUCUAAUCGAGUGGGCUUCGGGGGAAAGAUACUAAAGAGUAGAAGCCUGUGAGGACCCGGCUAUAUAGAACUAACGAAGAUUACGUCUAGAUUUAGUUCCCUGUAGCGUCGUUUUCGAGACGAUAGUCGUAUGCAACGCUUAUUGUAUUAAUAAGGGCAUGCCAUUGUUGCAGUACGUAUCGUGAUUGAGUCGCUUUGAUUUCUACCAUUUAUUAGAUUUCUUGUAAGCAACCCUGACAGCAUUUCUACUAUUUUUGUUUUUCCCCUCAGUAACCCCGACAGUGUUGCUAGAACGAAACGAUUCAACGAAAAAGACACUGUAACGAGCAUUUAUACAUAUAUAUUUAACAAAAAAAUGUACCAAAUUUGUGGAUACUUGAUAUUUUAAUCGUUUAAGUACAUAUCUUGUUAGUACAAUCUCCAUUAUAUAUCAUAUCACUUCUUGUAUACUUCCAUAUCAUUUUGCUGUGUAAAAUACAGGCGUAUGUAUUAUAUCACGUAAAACGAAACUGAGGCGACAUGGUCACCGACUACUCGGUGGUCUAUAUUGUUUACAAGACAGCUCGAUUGGUUUGACCACAUUUUUACCAUAUAAACGAAAAUAAUAUUCUACUGAAACCAUAUCCAUCUUUUUCUAUAAUUAUACAAGUUACAAACAGAAUUUUAUAAUAUUGCUACAAUAGUAGAAUCUUUGAAAUGUGGUCACACUGAACGCUUAAAGCUGAAAGCUUUAAUAGGAUCACAAUUAGCUUUAAAACCACAACUGUGACAUAUUUUGAUAAAUAAAAUGCAACACGAUGUAUGCAAACCUCCCGUUUUUACCGCGCAACCACUGAAAGGGCCUAAGUUUUAGUGGAAAUGUAUUGUUAAAUAGAUUGACCUCUCCGAUUUUCAAAAAAAUGUAUGUCAUAUGUCUAGUAUGGCCGUAGUUAAAGUGGAUUCGUUAACAAUUUUGCGAGUAGUAUUUAGAUGUAGCCAAAAUGAUAACGAGCAUGUUAUUUAUAUGCAUGUUUGUGUAAGUUAAACAUUUAUCGAGUUAUCAAAAAUGUAUCGUUAGAUGAUGGAAAAAUAAUAAUCGAAGUGCUUCUAUGCAGUGUAGUGGCAGUUUCCUUUCCUUCACUGUUAGGUCUGGGUGAGCCGCGGCCAUUUGUCUACGAUCAGUAAACGCAACGAACGGAUGAACCUAUAACCUUCCUUCGCUUUGACGACACUUUGUGCGGUUAAUGAAUCGUUAGAAAUAGUCGCGGUGCGCACUAGACAGUACUGUCGGACUGUAGGGACUCUUCUUAGGAACUAAAAACAUGUAUCCAAAACUUUUUCACUAUUACAAAAGGCAAGAUGACACGUUUUUCGAUUAGGCUAAUUUGGGAUGCGACGAUUUUUAUGUCGCAUGCCGAUGUAUCUCGAUAUGUACCGUGUGUCUAUAGUAAGAUGCUGCCUACCUUUUUAGAUAAGGAUAUAUUGGAGAGACUUUUAUACGAUCGUUAAAUAAUCCUGUUGAAGCUAACUUUAAAUUAAGAACUUCGGAUCUAACCAUAUCAUGGUUUAUUUUAUUUUUCCGUCGCAACCGGUGCGCAGAAAUUUUGAAUCCCCGGCACUUUAACGCUGGCAACAUUCAGAAAUUUCGGCACACCCGCGACUGUUACUUAAAUUCUUAUUAAUUUCGCUAAUAUAGUAUAUAAGAAAAAGCACAAUCUUUAUUAUAAUUUUUAACGAAAAUAGAAAAUAAAAUUUUACACUAAUAUAUUGUUAAUAAUAUUAUUUUGUUUAUUGUGUAGUACGGUAGCUUUCUGUUUACGAAAUUUAAUUAUUAUUUUAAUAUUGGCAACUAUAAUAUGAAAUUGUACUACUUCCGCAUUUAUUUGUAUAUUUUACUGUGUUUAUAAUGUUUUUAGAAGUUAAACACAAAUAAACAUUCAACAUAGUA